UCAACAUGGCGGAUUAUACAGCAGUAAUGACUGUGACUAAAGAGUGCAAAAUAAAAGAUCGCUAAGUUUAUUAAUUUGGUGAUAAAUUUUUCAUUUUUAAGCAAUGACGGAUAUUAUAUGUCGCUGGCUAAAUGACGAUGUUAAACUCAGUCUAAAUAUCGAAAAAGAAAAUGUGUCAAAACGUUUUAGCAGUGGAUAUUUAUUCGGUGAAAUCUUAUAUAAGUAUGGGUUGCAGGACGAUUUCUCGUCUUUUUCUGAGGGAAGAACUGCUGAUUCUAAACUCAAUAAUUUUACAAGGAUUGAAUCUGUAAUGAAGUUGCUAGAGAUUCCUUAUGAUACAAAUGUGGCAAAAUCAAUAAUGAAUGAAAACCAUGGUGCUGCAACCAAGUUAUUGUAUCAGUUGUUUAUUGCUUUGGGAAGAAAAGCUAAGAAAAAUCUAACUGGUGUUGCUAUGGAAACAAUGCGACCGAGUGCACCAGUCAAGUUAGAGAGUAUUGAAAGUUUGAUGCAUAAAGAGAGAUUAAAGCAGCUGGUUCCUAGACAAGUUGAUGUUAAUUUUGAGACUUUAGUUGAGAGAUAUCAGAGCAAGCAGAGACUUCAAGAAGAAAUGGUUGUUAGAGCAAAACAUGAAGAAGAAAGAAAAGUUAGACAAUAUCAACAAGAUUUGCGACAACGGAGUUUAGAAAAGUCUCGACAUAUACGAGAUAAACAAAAUGAGGUCAUGCAGAAAAUAAGAGACGCUCAAGUUCGGAUUCCCAAGCCUCCUGAAUCAAAGAAAUCAGCAAAGACCAAACAAGAAAGUAGAAAAGAAAGAGAGAUACAGGAAGUAAAAGAUCACAUCAGUUCAUUUGAGGAAAGUAUGAGGACAAAUCUACCCCAACAAAGUUCUGUGCAGUUUAACAGUGAAAUGGAAGGAAGGCAAGAUCUGGAGUUUAGAACAACUCGAAAGCCUCUUGAGCCCAUAUCAUUGAAAACAGCUGGAGAUGAUUAUGUGUCAAAGAUAAAGAAAAGAUUGAACGAAGAUGCUGUUGCGAGGAAGGAGCGGGAAAAACGAAGACGAAGAGUUUUGAUUGAACAACUGAAAGCUCACGAAUCCCAAGAGGAACAACGUCGUGAGGAAAUGUUGGUAAAACGACUCAUGAGACAAUCUCAACAAGAAAAACGCAUAGCAGUGCAGCUUAUGCAGAUCAGACACGAGAAACAAGUCAUUAAAGAAAACAGAAUUUUCCGAGAGAAACAGUAUGCAGAAAGACGUUUGAAAGAUUUUGAAGAUGCUCUCAAUCAAGAAGCGGAAAUGUGUCGCCUCGCUCAAAUUGAGUAUCGAGAUCAGAUUAAGAAAACGAAAGAUGAAAGGGAACAAUUAUUGGAGGAAAGAAGAAAACAAAAAUAUGAAAAACAUUAUAACAUAUGUGAACAGAUCCUGUCUGAUAUUGUCGACCUUAGCUGUAAGAUUGGCGAAUAUCGGGAACUCACUGAAGGAAAUGUUCCUGAGAAAUUGUUUCGUGAAUGGAAAGGGUAUUUCGACGCUUCUCUGCCACUUUACCCACACGAGAUUUUAACAGAGGAAGAAAUUAAAAGAUCCCAUGAACUUCUGGUUGAAGAAGAAAAAAACAAAUUGACAGACGAGUCUGAUUUUAUUGAAUAUAGAGGAGCUGUUGGUGAGUGGGAACCAAAUGACGAGAGUCUUGAUCAUGUUCUGCCAAAAGAUAAUCCUAUUCUUGGUCAUAUUGUUCAGAAGUUAUUUAACAUCAUAUCUCCUCCUGAGCCUCCACCACCAACGCCAGAAUUUCCUCCGUUUCCUGUAAAGGCGUGCUUUCUUGGAAAGUUUUUUAGUGGAAAAACAACCGCUGUACAACGUCUUGUUGCAAGUCACAGAGUGGUGAGGUUGUGUAUUGAUGAUCUGGUUCAAGAGGCAAUUGAAGCUUACCAGACUGGUGAAACGAGAGAAGAAAUUAUAGAAAACAACGAGCCACAAAAUGAGAGAUGUCUUGAAGAUAAACCUUCUGCACAAGCUCCAGAAACGACAACCUCGGAUCAAGCUUAUCAAUCACGUGAUGAAACAAAAGAAAAUGAAGAUCCAAAUAAUGCAACUGCUACAGAGAAUGUGGAAGCCAAAGACUGCGGUGAUGCUGAAGGGAAUGAGAAUGAGCUAGAAGAAGAAAAUAAAAGAUAUUACGUUGUGAGAAAAACCACGUCACGGGCAAUACUCGGUGAAAAAGCGUAUGAAUAUUUAAGGAAAGGAAAACAAAUCCAGGAUCAGUUGUUGGUUGAUAUUACUGUUGAAGCAAUAAGACAAGUACCAGCUGGAACAGGAUGGAUUUUGGAUGGUUUCCCUUCAACUAUAAGUCAAGCAAAGAUUCUUGAGAAAUCAUUAACUGGUUAUGAUGCAACUAAAGAUGUUAAAACCAAAGAAACUAAGGGAAAAGGAAAGAAGUCGCGUAUUGCUCCAGAUCCAAAUCCUGCUGUUGAGUCUCCACCUCCUAAAAGUGGUAUUGACAUUGUUGUAUUAUUCGAUGUUUCUGAUGAUGUUGUUUUAACAAGAGCCGAAGGACGCACUUAUGAUCCAACAAACAGCGAAAUAUUUCAUCAAGAGUUUAAUCCUCCAGUAGAUGGCAGUUAUACAGGAUUAGGAAAACAAGAGAAAGUUCGCCCGGUUAUUGAUCCAUCCAAUGAUAGAGAGCAAGUACAACAAAGGAUAACUGGUUUUGAUGAUUCGUGGUCAAAACUUGAAAAAUGGUUUAACAAAUUUGGAAUUUUGAGCAAAGUUGAUGUUGAUAAUUCUAUCGAUAAUGUGUAUGAAAGUGUUGCAUCACUUCUUGUCACGACGACAGAAAGAAUUCAAGGACCUAUAAAAGAAGUUAAAAGUGAAGAGGUGACAAACACUGCCAUAGAAGUAAUUGAAUCAACCCCUGUUAAUGAUUCUGUGGAUGUAGUCAACACAGAUGAACCAAAAGACGCCACGAGCCACGAGGAUGUCGAGGACACAAAGGAAACUCCAAACACAAAGACAGUAUCUCCUAAAGCGUCAAAAAAAAUGUCGAAGAAGGAUCGGAGUCCAUCACCCCCAAGUAAAGCUGUCUCUCCUAAGUCAUCCAAGAAGAACCUACGACCCGGUUCUAAGAGGAGUUCACCAUCUCCUUCCAGGAAGCCAUCAAAGGUUAAGUCACCUACUGCAUCACGCACUGACGCAAAAAGGGCAAAAUCUCCCGUAAAGAAACAAGACGUUCCCGAGGAGUUACCAGUCGAGCCUGUUGUACCACCAGGUCCGGAGCCUGGGUCCAAGGAAUGGGAAUACGUUGAUCAACCUAUUGAAAUGCCGUUGGUUGAGGUUCUUGCAAGUCGCUGGGAAAACCUGGAGAAGACGUACAUUGAUACAGCUAAAAAUGUAUUUCGAGAAAUUCGUCUUGAACGGGAGGUGAUAUGCAGAUAUUUUUAUAGCACCAGGAAAGAAUUCUUGUCGUUUUUACGACGUCCGGAUGAAAAAGAAGAAUAUGUACUUCAGUGGCAGUCUCAUUAUAAUGACGUGCCUGAAGACAUGCGCAGUGAUGACGAAGUCAAAGCUGAGUUACAUCAAAAAGUUGACGACUUAUGUGAUAGAUUGUACUCGAUUUGUGACAACCGCAAAGAAAUAGCGGAAAACGAACGAAAAAUUGUAAUGGAAGAGGGCUGGCUGCAGGAUCGCUUGGGAUUGUUAACAAAUCAUUAUUUAACGUUGAUGCAAGUUGAGGUUGAUCGUUAUCAAGAUACAUACAGGCUGCUGAAAGAUUAUUACAACUCUGCUGAAGGUAAAAAUCCAAUUGAAGCAUACUCUGAUAUCUGCCGUGUUCCUCUGGUUGAUCUUCCGCCUAUUGUUCCCACGAUUCCAUCAUCGUCCAGUGAACAUGGAAGUCAACACGAAGUGAAACAAACAUCGAGUAAAAAAGAUCGAGAAAAUAUAAAAACUCCAGAAGGUCCGACAUCUGAAGGAGAAGAUCAUCGCAGCAGAAUUCCUCUUGUACCUCGAAGACCCAAGUCUGGUGAUGUUGUCUCAACUAAGGAAAAGAAAGACAAAAGAUCAUCCAAAGAAAAACGUGAUAAAGGUGACAACCAAUCAGAAACUCCCGUUCUACCGUCAGAUCCGGAUGAAAGAUUGGUGUUUGAUGGUUACUAUCACGCUCUUGGUAUCAUUGAUACUUUGGUAAGAUCGGUUGGGAUAACUAAACGUUGCUGGAUCGUUUGGGAUAACUAAAAUACCUUUGUAGAACUCAACGAUUUGUAAUCAAUUUAAACAGAUAACCAAAAUUUCAUGGUGAUU